AUGUUCGGCGGAUAUGGCCGCAACGCCGGCUACAGCAGCAUGGUCCCCGUCCCCGCGGCCGACUGCGGGCCCGCAGGCUACGGCGCCGGCCACGGCGCGGGCUACGGCGCGGGUGCGGUCGGCGUCGGCGGUGGCUACGGCGCGGGCGGCAUCGGCGCCGGCGGCAUCGGCGGGGGCUACGGCGCGGGCUACGGCGCGGGCGGCAUCGGCGGGGGCUACGGCGCGGGCUACGCAGGCGGCUACGGCGGCCACGGGGUGGGCGGCCACGACGCGUGCGGCUGCGGCGAGUCUGGGUGUUCCGCGUGCGCAGCGAUCUGCUGCGGCGGCGGAGGCGGGACGACGGUGCUGUCGUACGUGGGGGCCGGCGGCGACUACAUCCAGGAGACGUCUUACAGGUACGUAGGCGCCGGCGCUGGCGAGUUCGGCAUCAUCCGCAUCCCCGGGCGCGGGCCGAGCUGCUGCAUAUGCCUGGCCAUCCCGCUGCUGCUGCUCGUUCCGCUCCUCCUGUGGCUGUGUAUGCUCUCGGGCUCCACGACCACGUCUACGACGACCACGACGCCGAUCUGGACCACGACGCCCCCGCCAGAUUUCCCUACGACCACCACGAAGGAAAAAACGACCACCAAGCGCACGACGCCACCUCCACCUCCGCCCCCCCCACCGCCCCCGCCCCCGCCCCCGCCGCCGCCUCCCCCACCGCCGCCCACGACCCCGAAACCCACAACGACACCGUGCCCCAUAGAUUGUAAUGCCGGAUACAAUGACCUGGACCCGCUGCAGUGGGUGCAUGGGUGGAGCGGGGCCAAGAAGCUUUACUGCUGCAAGACGGCGAACAAGGGCUGCCCCUCGGAGCUUCCCCCGCCCUCCGGGCUCCCGCCCUCAGGGCUGCCGCCUGUGCCGGAUAACCGCGAGUUCGACUGCAACGCUGGCUACCACGCCUGCAUGCAUUGCUUGGAAGCGUCCUGGUCGCCGCGAAAGAUUCAAUGGUGCUGCGCGAGGGAGCACAAGGGUUGCAAGGGUGAAAUUCCAGAGUGA